AUGGCCGGCAACAUUCGUCUGCAGCGGCGGCUGCAGCGCAAGGCGAAGGCGCGGCGGCAGCAGCUGAGCUACCGCACGAUCCGCUCCGCGUUCCUCGUCGCCGCUCUCUGCUCCGUCACGUACGCGUGGGUCAUCUUCCUCAAAGGCUCCCGACCAUACUGGUGGUGGGGUCUGUCCACGGGCGACCAUCCUGAGCUCAUCAAGGCCCGCUUCGCCAGUAGAGCGCGUGAGCCGGCAACUCUGUGGGACAACCCCGUGAAGGGCAAGUGGCAGCAGUGCGUGCGACCCUCCCCUGCAUACGCUGACGCGCCCCUGUACGAGUCAACGGGGUACCUGCAGGUGUUCUUGGAUGGCGGCCUCAACCAGCAGCGCAUUAGUAUCUGCAACGCGGUGGCAGUGGCUCGCCUGCUCAAUGCCACGCUGCUCAUCCCACACUAUCAGAUCAACCCUGUGUGGCUCGACGACAGCCAGUUUGAGGACAUAUUCGAUAUAGAGCACUUCAUGCGCUACCUACAGCGAGACGUGCUGAUAGUGAGGCAGCUGCCGCACAAGUACCGGUGGAGCACGCGGGAGUUCUACAGCACGGGCGUGCAUCAGAACCGCAUCAAGUUCGCGCCCAUGCACGCCUCCCCCGAGUGGUACCUCAAGAACGUGCUGCCGAAGCUGCAGCGCCAUGGAGUGGUGGCAAUAGCGCCCUUCACGCACCGCCUCGCCUUUGACGGCCUGCCUCCAGACGUGCAGCGCCUGCGCUGCCGAGUCAACUUCCACGCGCUGCGAUUCGUGGAGCCCGUCCGCAGGCUCGGGAGGAUUCUAGUGAAGCGACUGAGGGACCCCAACAGGCGGCACGUGAAGCGAGGCGUGCUGUUUGGGAAAGGGGGGGAUGUGUCGAGUUAUGGCGGCAAGGGGAAGGUGGGAGGGAUUGGGGAGGGAGCAGGGGAAGGAGAGAAAACAGCAGCAGAGAAAGAAGCAGAGGACGAAUCUGAGAAGGCAGUAGAGAUGGCAGUAGCGAAAGCAGCGGAGAUGGUGGGGCAGUUGCAGGAGGAGGCUGGUGCUGGUGCUGGUGCUGGUGCUGGUGCAGGAGUGAGUGGAGAAAGGGCAAAGAGUUCGCGUGAAGGAAAAGAGGAGACAGAGGAGACGCGUGAAGGGAACGAUGAGACGGAGGAGAUCUCUCGAGAGACUCUUGCUGGGGAAGGAGAGGGGAAGGGGGGGGUGGUGGGUGGAGGCGAGGGGACAGCUGCUGCUGGGGUGAGGGUGAUUGAAGAUGGAAAAGGCUUGUCUGGGGUAUCGACUGGUGGAAGUGAUGAUGGUGAUGAUGAGCGUGAUGGUGGUGGUGAUGGUGGUGGUGCUGCGGCUGCUGCCGCUGCUGCUGCUGCUGCUGCUGGUGUUGAUGCAAGUGGUGCUGUUGGUGGCUUGCGGCAAGGGAGCAAGGGUGGUAUCGAAGCUGUGGAGGAGGAUGAGGAAGAGGAAGAGGGGGAGGGGGAGGCGGAGGGGGGAGGCAAGAGGAGGUUGCUGCAGGAGAGUCGGGGAGGGGUGGGGGACGGAGUAAGUGUGGCGAAGGGAGGAGGCGGAAAAGGAGGAGGAGAAAGUAAAGGAGGUGGAGCAGGGGUGGGUAGGAUGGGCGAGGAGGAUUCGGAGGAGGGGAGUGAGGGCGCGUUUUGGAGUGAGGAUGGGGUGAUUGACGAGGCGGCAAGGGAGAGAGUGAGACGGGCGUUGCGUGCAGGGCGAGAGGGGCGAGUAAUGGCGGUGCGAGCAGGGAACGUCACUGCAGGGAGCGCCACUGCUGGAAAUGGCAGUGCGGGGAAUGGGAGUGCGGGGAACAGCAGUGGAGUUGGGAAAGUGGAGGUGGGAGUGGUGUUGAAUGAGCAGGGGGGUCCCGUGGAUGGUUUAUCGCAGAUAGAAGAGAAUGACGAAGGGGGGGACACGGGUGGUGGAGAAGGCGGUGCGGGCGGGAUCCGCAGCAGCAGCGGCGGCGGCGGCAUCAGCAGCAACGGCAGCAGUAAGGAGGGUGAUGCGGGCAGCAGCAGGUUGUUGAGUGGUCGGCCGCUGCUGGAGAAGGGAGGGGGAUGGGGGCGCAAGGACAUGGUGGCGCACUCAGCGUGUGACUAUGGCGAGACGUGGGCGGAGCGGGAAGCUUUAUCAAAGUACCGAGAGUAUGCAUGGCUGGGCCGAGUGGACAAGCUGCGCUUCUCCUCCGAUGAGCUGCGCCUGCAGCUGCUCUCACCCACACAUGCAUGCACACCUCUCCGGGACAUGGUGGCGCACUCGGCGUGUGACUAUGGCGAGACGUGGGCGGAGCGCGAGGCCCUUUCGAAAUAUAGGGAGUACGCAUGGCUGGGGCGAGUGGACAAGCUGCGCUUCUCCUCCGAUGAGCUGCGCCUGGCGGGCAAGUGCCCCCUCACGCCCGAGGAGGUGGGACUGGUGCUGGCUGCUCUGGGCUUCUCGGCCAAGACCAGGCUCUAUGUGGCCACCUACCAGGUGUAUGGAGGGGAGAAGCGCAUAGCCCCUUUGAGGAGAUUGUUCCCCUGGCUGGAGGACAAGACGAGCCUGGCCACGGAGGAGGAGUUGAGGCCGUUUCUGGGGAAGGCAUCGCUGCUGGCAGCACUGGACUUUUAUGUCAGCCGCUAUAGCGACGUGUUCGUGUCCGCCUCCCUCGGCAACAUGCACAACGUGAUGGUGAGUGAGCCCGGCAUGACAUAG